GGUACUCGUUUUGUGUGAGCUAAGACAGCGGAACUGAAUUUUUUUCCUUCAAUUAUUAUAUCAAUAAGGAAUUGCGAACGUUAAUUUUGCCUUUGUUUUGUGUUUUUUAAUGAAAUUUAUUGAUUGUGCUAAGCUUAAAGUUAGUAUUGAUAAAAGACGGUUUUAAAGUCGAACAUGAUGCUACUACAAUCAAUCAUCCUUGCUGUUGCCACUCAUUCUAUUUACGCUAUGCCUCAGCUGACUUUCCAAACUGAUCCGUAUCGAAACACAUUCACAUUGAAAACUCCAAGUUUACAACAAACUUUUACCCGAUAUUACGGAGGACAACAACAAGUCAAUGGUUUACCGACAGUUGGAAGGCUACACCACCAACAGCAACAACAGUCGUUAAAUGUACAACAACAACAAUAUGAGCAACCCCAUCAGUUUGCUUCAGCUCAGCAAUAUGCGGACGCUUACACCGUUCCACAGAAUUUUCUCUCGGAUACUAUUCAACAAACCCAACCGUACCAACUGAGCUUACCACAAAGGAGUGAAUACACUUCACCAAGCUCGUUGCAACAACCACAAAACUAUCAACAGCAACAAGUUUAUCUCUCGAACGAUCAACAGCUUCAACAACAAAAUUAUUUCCAACAACUCCAAAGUGUUCAGCCAUUAUUUUUUGCAUCCAGACAACAAGAACAACAACAACAGGCGGCCACUGCUCAAUCUCAAUUAGAUUCGUUCUCAUCGACGGCUGUAACCACUCCGCAACAACAACAACAACCACAGCUUCAGAGCCAAGAAAAUAAUUUAUUAGGUGUUGCAUUUUCUCCAUCGGAUCAAGUUUCACACGUUAAAUUUUCGAACGGAGAAGGGUUAAAGUACAAUUUUUAGAUUUUAUCGGUUACGCUUUUGUGUGUUUUUCUUCUUUGUCAUUUCUUUUCUGUAUGGAGAGGGUUCAUGUAACACUGUUAUUGUAUUAUUUACGUUAAAAGCGUAAAGCGUUGUGGUUCAGAUGUGGAGUCAAUUAAAGAAAAAAAAACUAAUUGAAACGCAAUUAUCCUAAGUGCCAUAAUGUUGACUUUGUACAGAAAAUUGAUAUUUCAAUAAAAAAAGUGUGAGGAUUUCCAACUUGUUAAAAUAAUGAAUUCGCUUCACUAUGU